AUGUGGUUUUUCGGGCAAGCUAUGAGCCAGCCGCCUUGCUAUCCCACAUGGGCCUUUGGCGGUUCACCCACGACAGCAGACAUUUACGAUAGCGCUCAUCAGACCCCAGCGGCUCCGCAGUGCGAAUACCCCAAUGUCGGGUGUCACUGCAGGAAUCCGGGCGUGGGUAUUGGGAAUCGAGGUCCUGCUUUUCCGGUCUAUUACACCUAUCAGCGAUGCAGCGACACCGAAGUUCGAGUGGCCUACAAUCUCUUCUAUGAGAAGGACGGUGCGACCUUCGGAGCCAUUCAAACCGGUCACAAUUACGACUGGGAGCGAGUCAUUGUCAUCCACUCGCGCGACAGCAGCAACAUGUGGUCUCCCUCUCGUGCCCUUCUCUCAGCACACAGCGGCUAUCACAAUCUCGCUUGGGCAGAUAUCCAAAACACCCUGACCACAGAUGAGAUCAACGCCGGCGACGCCAAAACACCCAACGGUGUGCGCAACAACGACCAUCCCAAGGUGUAUGUGUCGUGGUCGAAGCAUGCCAACUUUGAUACUCGCAACACGGGCUGGAACGAUCCGGCCAGUCAAUCGCUCGAGGAUGCUUUUCGCAGUCAGGAUUGGUGGUAUUUUGUUGAUCCGCAGUAUUACAUCCGCGCUGACCUCAGUACAGAUGCUGGGAAGGCUUUGGCUGCUGCCAAUUGGGGUGAUGCCACGAGUAAUCCGCCGUCUGUGCAUGCCGGUCUUUGUAGUGCUUCUUGA